AUGGCACAUUCGAAGUGGAUCCUAAUCGUCGGCUCGACUGGUGAAGGCAAAAGCAGCCUAAUUAAUUUGUUGAUGGGGCGGGAAGUGGCUAACGUUAAUGAUUCAGCUGAUGGUGUUACGAUGGAUUGCCAAGAAUAUGUCACCAAACAUGCUGAAACUGAAUACCAUCUUUAUGAUACUAUAGGACUACAUGAGGCUGAUGGGGGUAAGGUACCCCAUAAAAAUGCGAUAGAGAAGCUGGUGGCUUUCGCUAAAUCACACUCUGAAGGAUUCAAUCUGAUUAUUUUUGUCAUGGCCAAAGGCCGUAUCCGCCAUGAUUUCGAACAGAACCACCUUUUGUUCCAUGAUACCAUAUUUUGCAGUCAAGCACCUUCCAUUCUAUAUGUCAACGGCUGUGAGUUUGAGAAACAAACAGGCAAAUGGGUUACUGAGAAUGCAGAACGCUUGAAGUCCUUCCAAUUUAAGGAUGUUGUCUGUGGAACCACCAUGAAACACGCAGGCGAAUUCGAAGAAAGAAUAGCUCCGAAGCGGGAAGAAACCAGGACGGCUAUAUGGAAUGCGAUUGACCAGUUUAGUGCAGCAAAACGUGCUCCUAUUACAAGAUAUCUGAAAUGGUGGCAGAAAGCGAUAAAUAUAGUUUUGAAUGUUUUCGGACAGCCCCCACUGUUUCAGACUGAAGAAAUGAACAAGUUCGCCGAGAUUCUUCGUAAGAAAGGCGUCCGUGAAGAUGUUAUUAAAGAACUAGUGAAAACAUUGCAAUAA